GUGCACUCUCUGCUAACAGACAGCUCCAACUCUCAGCGGUGGAUGUAAAGACAGCUGCUGUUUUCUCCCUUCCCCUUCUUUUGAGCUCUGUCCUUUCAUUUCUUUUCAACACUACUUCUUUUCAUCUGUGUGUACUUUCCCCUUUCUUUUCCCUGCUCUGUAAUUCUGCUAGUCUGCACUCUACACCGGAUACCAAGGCAGGUCCUGCUAGACGGAGAGGGCUUGUGUAAUCUCUGUCACCACAUGAGAACCCAAGAUUCUUUACUUCAGCUGGAAAAAGGGACAACCAGAGAGGACGGAUAAAAACUUUGGAUUAGGAGGAGAAAAGGAGUAAAUGCGUGAAAAGAAAUAGGAGGAAGAAAACUUCAAGAGCAAGUGUGAUGCAGGACAGGACCAUGCAUGGCUUUUUGGUGCUGCUGCUGUCUCUGCUAGUCCUGUCCAAAGGCAGUGAUGCCAGAAGAAUAAGGAAAAGAGGACUUAACCAUAAGGACUAUGACUCCCUCAACCACCCAGAAGCCGCACAGCACCAGAAGAACGACCGGUGUCCACCUCCACCGCAGAUGCUGCCAGAGAGAGCCUGUGAUGUUCCAGGCUGCCGCUCUGACUCAGAGUGUGAGCGCCAUAAACGAUGCUGCUACAACGGCUGCAUCUACGCCUGCCUGGAGUCUGUUCAGCCUCCACCAGUGCUGGACUGGCUGAUUCAGCCCAAACCUCGAUGGUUAGGAGGAAAUGGCUGGCUCCUGGAUGGUCCAGAGGAGGUUCUUCAAGCUGAAGCCUGCAGCACAACAGAGGAUGGAGACGAACCUCUUCACUGUCCUACAGGCUAUGAUUGCCACAUCAUCAACCCAGGAAACCCUGCUGCCGGCAUCCCAAACCGGGGCCAGUGCAUCAAGCAACGAGUCAGCUCUGAUGGACGAGGCCUGAGGCCAAAAUACUUCAAAGACUACAAGGAGUACUUUGGAUCAAGCUCCAACAAUGCAGUGGGCUAUGAAAAACAUCACCACAAGCACCUGGGAUGAGAAGAUGAUGUUUGAUUUGAUCUGCUUUCUGUCAUCAUAAUAAAGUUUGAUCAAAGUUUUAGAUAAAAAAUAAAGUUAUUUGUCUUUUGAGCUGGUUUAUCAUGACCACAUCUGACAGAGCUUCAAAAUGCAAAAAGAAGAAACAGGAAACAGGAGGAGAAAAUGUGUUGAAAACUGCAUUUAAACACAAAGUUAAGAUUAAAAGUUUAACUUCAACUUUAAAAAGGAAUAAAAAAAUCUCCACAUGAAUCUAGUUUUUAUAUUUUCUGUCAGGUAUUCACCUGCUAUGGCAAAAGAAAAAGGCUUUUGUCUUUGAAUGAAUCAGGACUGUUGAGUACCACAGACAAGUCUCUGAUGAAGCAGUGACAUAACCUUUUAAAAUGUCUAAAAAGCUUCUAACAAACCAGGUAUAAGACCUAAAAGUACUUUAACUUUGUUGGACUGGAAGAUCCAACAGGAUGUCCUUUCCCACAAAGGCAGAUCCUCAAUCCAGGUUUCUAUGAGAGAAGAGCUUUAAAAGCAAAACAUCCUUCAACAUAGCAUUAUUUUCUUUCAAUACAAAUGCUGCAUCAAACAUUUAAGAUGGAAUAAAGUUUUGUUUUUUGAUGGGAAAAAGUGAAUAUGGAACUUCCUUUUAAUCUUGGUCCUGAUAAAAAGAUUUAAAUCGGUUUUUUAGAAAAUUUUCUCCUGAGUGUUCUGUUAAAAUAGGGCAUUUUUAAUAACUUUCCUGUUCAGAUUGACUUACAAACAAUCUCAUAUGUUCGCCUGGUCCAGUUUGAUCUCCUCACACAUGAGCAGAGACAGAUUUGUUUUUACUACUGCUACCUCCUCUUUCUAAAGUGGUGUUGUAAUGUUUUCUCCUGUUAUCCAACCAAAUACAUGCUUAAGGUGUUUCAUCAGAAAUUCCUUUAGACCAAAGCUUUUGUUUGUUUGUUUUUUGCAAGCAUGUUCCCCUCAGUAACUAAUUUAUCAUUUCACAAAGAGAAAAUAAUAACCAUGUUAGACCCUUACUGAUUCUCAAAGAAGACUUCUUCAUAAAUCUGCAAUGUUUAAUGGGCAAAGAGGGAGGAAAACCAGCCACAGGGUUCGGGCCCAAAGUGAUAUCAUAGUUAAUCUACUGAGUGUAAUUAGCUGAAUAGAUACCAUAUGAAUGUUGUGAAUGAGAGUUUUAAAGGUUGUAGAGCAGCCGUAGAUUUAUGCCAGACAUAGAAUAUUGUUAGAUAUACUCUAGAGAUUAUUGUGAAAAGCAAAUGGGGUGCAAUAAAAUGAUAACGUAUCAAUUAUAAAAUUAAUCUAUGAAAAGAUGCAUAUAUUUUUAGAUUUCUUCUAAAAGUGAAAGCCAUGGCUUAUUAGUCUUUUAAAAAAACACUAAAAUCAUAGUUUUAUGCUCCAAGUCUCCAUUAAAUGUCAAUAAUUGUUUAGAAGUUUCUGUUGAGAAAAUAAAACCUACCGGUAAUAUUAUCCGUUAAGUAAUUAAAACUGCUGACAAUGUUUCUGCUCAGAAAUGGUAAAAGAGGAGAGUGGGUUUUAGAUUUCAUGAAGAGAGAAUAAAAAAACCACAAUCUGAAAUGUUUUUGCUUUAAGCUUUGUGUGUUUCUUUUCUUUGCUCGGAUGGUGCUUUGCUUUAUUGCUGCCAAACUGAAGAAUAAGCUGAAAACAAAUCGAUGGUGAAUGUUGUUCUUUGACUGGUGCUGCAUUGCUUCCUUUAUUUACUGAAAUAAACCCUGUGAUUCA